GGCUACUCAGAUCAACGGCAGGAGCAGCGCGUGCUGCACACCUACACCACGUGGGCACCGUAACGCCUGAACGGUGUCUCCCGCCUAAACUAGAGCAGCAUCGUCCAUCAAGCCCAAGACAGGAGGACGCAAUGAGCUCCUCUCUCCCAAAAAGCGAGUCGACCACUUCUCUGCUGAAAUCGUCGGCGACAAACCGCAGGUCUGCGCAUUCUUCCGAUGUAGGCGCUCGCAGUCACCGGAGCCACCGUAAUCAGCACCAUCAUCACCCUAUGGGAGGAACCGGUGGCGGGGUCGGCCUGCCACAGGACUCGGGUUGGGGCGAUGACUACGAAGCGAGCGCACGGAGACCCCUCUGUCAACCGAGACACGAGAGCUCUCGAGACGGUGGAGAUUCGCGGGCACAGAAGGUGCACACGCACCGACAACAAUCGGUGUCGCUCCUGCUGGAAGACAGUUCCGAUCACAUAGACACGAGGAGGUCGAGUAUGGAUCCGAAUCAGAGGGAGACCGGUAGCAAGUCUUCCAAGUCCAAACAAUCGCAGCAUCAUCAUCAUCAUCACCACCACCACUCCACGCGCGACACCUCCAGAGUGGAGCUGCCCCUCCACGCCACCUCACGCCGGGAGAGGAGGUCAUCGCCUCCGCCGACACCUUCUUAUCACGAGCACUCCGAUGAUGCCGAUUACUUUUUCGAGUCCCAGGAGAGAAUAAACGCGAGCUCAUCUUCCACGAGCUUUAACCGCGAUUCACCACCUGCACCUGCCGCACCGAUUCGGCGGACCGGGCGCAAGAAAAAACAGUCGAGCGCCCUGUCUGAACAUGACUCCACCCUGCACCCCAUCGUGAAAUCCGUUUUUGGGCAGGACAGAGAGCUGAGACCAGAGGAGAUGGAUGAGUUACGCGAGGCCUUCAAGGAGUUUGACAAGGACAAAGACGGCUUCAUCGGCUGUAAGGACCUGGGGAACUGCAUGCGCACCAUGGGCUACAUGCCCACCGAGAUGGAGCUCAUCGAACUGAGCCAGCAGAUCAAUAUGAACCUGGGCGGUCACGUGGACUUUGAGGACUUUGUGGAGCUGAUGGGCCCCAAGCUGCUGGCUGAGACGGCCGACAUGAUCGGGGUGAAGGAGCUCAGAGACGCCUUCAGGGAGUUCGACACAAAUGGUGACGGCCAGAUAAGCACAGCAGAGCUCAGAGAAGCCAUGAAAAAACUGUUAGGUCAACAGGUCGGCCACCGAGACCUGGAGGACAUCCUUCGGGACAUCGACCUGAACGGAGACGGACACGUUGACUUUGAAGAAUUUGUGCGGAUGAUGUCCCGGUGAGUUGGAGCCUCUAUGUAAUACAUGUUUGACACAUGUAUUAUGCGUGUUGCACGUAUUACAUAUAUGAAGAAGGCCUCGGGAAGAAGAAACCAGAGGAGAAAACAUAUCAAUAUACCCUGGCCUGGAACCACAACACUGAAGCACAAAAGGUCUGGCUGCGACGGGCAAGAGUAGCACUGCUUCAUGUGACUACCUCUACUAAACUUAUGCAUCUUAAAAGACUUUCGUAUGGCAGAAUGCACUUUUAUUGAGGAGGAGAUGGAUUUAUAUUGCUGUUUGUUGUCGUUAAUCUGUGUAGACGGCAAUAUGUUGGUUUGACUUAACUAGCGGAAUAGAAAUUGCCAUUAUGUUGAGACGAUGCCAGCUCACUAGCAUAACGUUAUAGCUACACAUGGGGUACGGGAAUAGCCUUCUUUUUUUCAUGUUGUUGGAAAUAUCGUGUUUUGUGCAUUUCAUGUUCAAUUUAAUAAUCUAUAUUUUAGCGACUAUCAACCCUUUGAAAAUAAAGAGCGGGGCUGUUUAAGAUAUUUAAUGUAGCACUGAUGCGCAACGUGUUAUUGUCAUUCCUACUGUGAUAUUCAGGUCAUUUUUGACAGAUCUUCUUUGUGCGUAUGAUUCCUUAAAGCCAUGUAUGUAUGUAUGUGUAUUGCUCUGUUUCGCUGGUUUUGUCACUGCAUGAAAGGUGAAAAGGUAUUUUUAUGUUAACGUUUGUCUCUAUUGAACUGUGAUGGAUGAUGAGUAAUGUUACAUGAAACAUGAGAUAGGCAAUUAUUUGUGCGAAGGACAUAUUAUGAACAUAUUUUUGAGCAAAAAAAGAGGGUUCUGUUAAGUGUACUAUAUUUUGCUGUACGUGUAAGCGUCUUAUGGAAAAUAGUGCUAGAAUCGCUCAUACAAAGCUCCGACAUUGCCAUGUUCAUUCAUUUAUUUCUCCUUUGGACAAUUGUUAAUAGCCAGCUUUGAGAGCAAGUAGCAAGUCUUCAGCUUCCUUUAAGCAUCUGUCCAAAAUAUAUCGUCUUUACUACUCAUGAAAUGUUAGUCUAUUGAAUUCAAUAGAAAAGGUCAGAUGUCAAGGGAACCUUUUACCAAAGGGAGAUGGUCCUCUCUGGUGAAUCUACUUUAAUUUCUUGAAACUAUGCAUGCAAAAGACAACUUCAAAUUGUGACGAUUCGAGACAAUAUGAAAAUAAAGAUUUUUAUUUGAACCAAGCAGACAAACUUUUUCUCUGUCAGAAAUGCUUGGGUGGCCAUGAUGAGAGGAUUUUUGGCAGAGUAAUGAGCUUAAUAAUAAUGAGACUAAAGUGAUAAACAAAAAGUUAACCUUGGCACUAGUCUUAAAUUAUGUCAGGUU